AUGUCGAACGGGACGGAAAUAGCAAAGAAGCCCAGGCCUGUUCCUCCUCGUCCGCUAAUGGAUUCUGGAAGCGAACAGAGACGGCGGGAUAACAAAGACUUGUGCGAGGUUUGCCGGAGUCUCGACCUGGGAGUCCACAGCUUCAAGGUCCAGUCAGGGUCAUCCGGAGGCUCUGGAGGAGGUCCAUCCUCGAGUCGUCCACUACACUCAUCUACAACCGCUCGUCGAUUAGGCACUCUUCAUGAGAUCAAAGAUCGCUCCACAACCUGUGCGCUGUGCGCGCUCGUCGUGAAGUCGGUGGACGAAACAGGCACUCAAAAGCCAGCCGAACAGCCACUUGGCGAGAAAGCGGAAACUCGACUCCAGGAAGCAUCAUGCCUCAUCAGCUGGGAGAUUGACGGUCGCGAGGCAGCAGCCUCAACCAGAAACCCCGGCCAUAGCCCAAAGAACCUCGUGCGAGGCAUCACGCGGCGUAUGCACAUCCGAUGGGACCAUCCCCGGCUGUCCGACGCUUAUCUGGUGUACGUCGCCCCCGAAACGUUCUCGAGGACCGCAUCGGAUGCCGAUCGCGUCUGGGCCAAGGGCUCGCUCUUUCUCGGACGCGCGAUCACGGAGAACAUCGAGAACCAGGCCCUGAUCCAGUCGUGGCUGGAUCUCUGCAGGAAGACUCACCGUGGCCCCUGUUGUCAGAUACAGGAUGGCCGCGUCGAGCGCUUCAUCGAGAUGAUCUCGCACUCCUACUUCGGCGUCAUCGACGUGCAGAACAUGCAGCUGACGCAGCUACCCUGCCAGUCCCUACCUGGACCCCGGGCCUUCAGACACGCGCCAUAUUAUGAGACGUUGGAACAGGUCAACCCCGAGCCGUACGUCGCCUUGAGCUACGUCUGGGGCGCCGGUGCCGGAGCAUACACGACCCUCACGGAGAACGUCAUGCUCCACCGCACGCACGGGGGUCUCGAGGAGGUGCUGCAGAAGUUACCGAGGGCGAUCCAGGACGCCAUCGACUUGGUGCGGAGGCUCGGGUUCCGAUACGUCUGGAUAGACCGACUCUGCAUCGUCCAGAACAGCGCGCGGUCGUGGAAGCUCAACGCGUACAACAUGGACCUCAUCUACGGCAACGCCGAGCUCACCAUCUGUGCGGCGGACGGCGACGCCACGAAAGGCCUCUGUGCCAUGCGGCCGGCGACGCGCAACACCAGACAGACCAAGGGCCACAUCAACCCGCAGCUGCAGCUGAUGGUGACGCGGCCGCCGGAGAUGUACAUCCGGGCCUCGGAGUGGAACGAGAGGGCGUGGACGUUCCAGGAGAGGCUGCUGUCGCGCCGGUGCCUGAUCUUCACCAACGGGAGGGUCUACUUCCAGUGCCGAUCGACCGGCAUGUCGGAGGACAUCUUUGGGGACAAGAGGGGGGCCGGCUGGUCACUGGACCUGGUGGACGCCCCCUUGCAGAUGUUUCGGCAGCUGGAGAGCCGCUCCAUCUGGGUCUACAUGAAGUGCGUGGAGCUCUACGCGGAGCGGAAGCUCACCCAGGCCAAAGACAUACAGGCGGCCUUCAGCGGCAUGGCCAACCUGAUGGAGGAGCGCAUGCGUGCGCCCUUCGUCCACGGGCUGCCGAGCUCCCACUUCGACCUCGCCCUCCUCUGGGAGCCCAUACACUCCAGCAAGCGAAGGGUCCUGAAGGAGACGCCCGAGAACGCCUCGAUCCCGGAUUUUCCCAGCUGGUCGUGGACCGGCUGGGUGGGUGAGGUCAAGUACAAGGAGGACCUGGUGUCUGGCGUUCUGGACGGCGUCUCCGACUGGCUGGACACGCGCACCUGGAUCGAAUGGUGGGUUCGAGACGGCCACGGCGACCUACGGCCGCUCUGGGACUAUCGGAUGUCCGAGGAGGACACGAGCAAGGACAUCAAAUGGAGGGGCUACACCCGGAACCGGGCGGCGGCAAGAAACGAGCGGCCCAGGAGGCAGCGGGACGACUACGAGUAUGACAUUGACGCAACGUAUGCGUAUGGGCCGAGGGAUGCAGCCGUCCCCUAUCGGGGCCGAAAUCCUCCCCCUCCACGGCUUGUCCGGAGGAGCUUUGUGAGUGAUGAGGACAAAUUGAAGCAAAACAACAACGACGACGACAGCUACGACUCGGACAGAUUUUCCGGGGCGUCUCAGGACGAAGCCGGCGAAGUCUACAUCUCGAAUCGGUAUUCUACAGGGGGCGUACCUACGCCCCGGAAGGAAGCCAGAUUCGCGGAUGGUCCCGAUCCGAGGCCGGCUCCGCUUCCACUUGCGCCGUUUCCAUAUCCGCCCCUGCCUCCGCGUCCACCCAGGGUUCGGACAAGGCAAGACCAUGACCCGUACGCGACCGAGAGGAUAUAUAGCCGCUACUACAGGAACACACCGAUCAUCACCCAACCCUACGCCGCCUCUCCCCCCCUUCCGUUCGAUGGGAGAACUGCCCGCCAGUACUGCUUCCCGCAGCAGGUCCCCCCACUCAACGCCUCACCUCCUCCCCCCCCUCCGGCGCCGGUGAACUCGGACCAUCCGACGCACAACGCCGACUUCUUCGACAUGUUCUUCGACGGCGGCGGCGACAAGGACUUCAACAUCACGCUGCGCGACUACCCCUACCGCGUCGUCAAGGCGCCCUUCGACCCCAGGCCGCAGACGGCCGAGUACCCGCUGCUGCCGAUCCUCCAGUUUCGGACAUGGCACACGUGGCUGUAUAUCCGCGCGAGCACGCCGCCCGAGCAGAGGCACGACGACGGCGACGACGAUGACGACAAAUACCGCAGCGGGCGGACGAACGUGGAUCUCGGGGCGAGCGGCCAGGUGCGGCAUCACAUCGCCGACGAGGGGGGCGACUGGUGCGGCUCCAUCAUGCUCGACGCCGAGUGGGCGGCCAAGGCGGACGCCAGGCAGGAGUUCAUCGCCGUCUCCGAGGCCAAGAGCUUCACCGAGGCCGAGUGUCGGGAGUGGACGUACUACGUGCCCAAGGAGCGGGACCAGAGCGAGUGGGAUCUGUUUUAUGUCCUGCUCAUCGAGAGAAAGGACGAGAGGUGGGAGAGGGUUGGGGUGGGCAAGGUCUUCAAGGAGGCGUUCCGGGGUCUCAAGCAGAGGGAGAUUAUGCUCAGCUGA